AUGAGUCAGCCGAGCGAUAUAACCGAUGAAGAAUAUAUACCUUUUUUGAAAAGUCUAGGCGUUGAAACUUAUAACAAGUCCUUUGAAUGGAUGCUAAACGAUCCAGAGAUUUCUGGAGUUUUGCGAUGGAUUUAUGAGAACAUAGACGCGAAUAAUGCUUUGACUGAUCGAGAAGAAUGCAGGUAUGCCGAAUUAGAAAGAACUGGUCGACUUCUAUCUUCAGAGGAAUUAGAGGCGGCUGUGUUGGAUCUUCAAAAUGAAUUUGAAGGCAUAUGUUUACCAGGAGACCAGGAGGCCUUAGAGGAUAUGAAAAUGGAUAUUAAGAUGGAAAAAGAGAGAUUAGAUAUGCUUGAAAAACAAGAAGUGAUUUUGGAAGACAUGAUGCAAAGAAACAAAGACUUAAAGAAAGAAUUAAAUGUUGAAAUUACAAAGCUACAAGCAGCUGAGUUACAAUGUACAGAAGAUGAAGCCAAUUUAGGAAAAGAUUGUUUGAAGCUUGCUAAAGAAGUUGAAUCUAUAACAAGUGAUGUCAUGGCUAUAGUUGGAGAUACACUUGACAUAUUAUCAAACUGUCAAGAGGAUAAGGAUUCUGCAAAAAGGUUCCUCGCAUUUGGCCCAAUAGAUCAAUAUCACAAAUCACAAGCCCUAUUUAGGUCUCACUUUGAUCUGUACUGUACAAAAAGACUUAAAAAUCCAGAAAUCCAUAUUAAAGAGGAAGAAAUCAUGAGAGCUAUUAUUAAAGCAAAAAAUGUAGAAAGCAGGUUAUUGGAUGCCAUAUCUGCAUAUAUUGACAGUACAGUGGACUUAAGCGGUGAAAGGGCGAAGCUGGUUCUAUUGGCUAACUAUACCCAGCCUAAUGCUAAUGAUGUUGCAACAUACACAAUGGAAGUGAUGAGCAAUAUAGAGAUGUUGGAGCAAGAGGAGUUGAUAAUAGAGAAGCAGAUUCAAGACGCGGUUAAACAAUUUGUGCGUAGGCGCACGACGUUAGUAGAAGAAUCAGCAGCUAAGAUCGCCCUGAAUGUUCGACUGCAAAUUCAGAGCGAUUUAAAAUUGCUAUUGGCCACAACGCGAGAAGCGUUAACGCUGGAUAGAAUCUUGUACUACGCGUUACGACGCGAACUUGCCUCUUUGGAGGAGGUUUUGCAGUUCGCUUCCCAUUUAAGAAGCUAUGUUAUACAAGAGGAAGAUGCUGUGUCGAGCAGGAUCCAAUCAAUGAAGGAGAUAACAGACGAACUGGAUCGAUCGGAUUCGACGAAUAAUAUAAUGCUGUCGUCCUUAUGCAAAAUAUUGUCUGUUACUGACUUUAAGUCUCUCGUACCAGAAUAUAAAGAUAUGAGGAAAAAAAGCAAAAAGACUGAGAGAAGAAAUUGUGGUAGAUGA